UUUCUUGGGUUUCUUACCUGGUCUGCCAGCAAUCUCCUGUCUCUCACCUGGCUUCAGCCAUUUUGAAUAAAAUCGUGCUGUAGUUUCUCAAGUGUUUGUCCUCUUUAUAAGACACAGUGUAUUAUUUUAGAUAUACAAUUCCGGGGAACGAAAUAAGACUGGUAAUACGACCUGACAAUUCGCCUCUGCAUUUCCCUGUGGUGCAUCAUUUCAGUCCAACGGACACGUGCAUUAUUAUUCUGAUCAACAUUGACAGAAUACUCCACUGUUAACAACAUAUUGUUCACUUCUUUCAAUUUUCUCCAGUUUCUCCAAUCGAUUCUAACGUGUUAAUCAAGAGUGAUUGACUUUGAUAAUUAAAUCAGUGAAAUCAUCGCAUUUCCCACUCGAUAUUCAAAUUCGGGGAUUAUUACUCCAGUGACUUCAAUACUUGUUUUUUUUUUUUCAAUGGAUAAUGGAGGCACAUCGAGGAAAUUUUGAUUCACCCUGAUCAUCAAUAAUUUAUAAAAAAUCCACGUAAAAAACCGUCCGCACAGAAUUCGAAACGCAGGAUUAUAAAUCACAAUGGGUUCUAAAAUCGAAUAUGUAGAAUCAUCGCACAUGUACGCAACGAAUUACAUUCGCAAUUCAAAGGCAAUUGGUGUACUGUGGGGAAUAUUUACGAUAUGUUAUGCGAUUAUCGGUGUUGUUGCUUUUGUCACGCCAGAGUGGAUUGGAGAUCUGGAGCACGAGAAUCCGGGGAGAUUUGGAUUGUGGUCACGCUGCAGUUAUGGAGCUAAUGGAGAACUGGGAGAAGAGUGCAUUGGAAGACUCGACGAUCUGUCAACAAUUUCAAAUGUGCCAUUCAGAGCUAGCACCAUUCUCGUCGGUGUUUCUGUCAUAGUUGCACUUCUUUCAAUUUUUGCCAUGCUUUUAUUCUUCUUCUGCCAAAGCACAACUGUAUUUUACAUUUGUGGAUGGAUGCAAGUCCUGUCCGCCGUUUGCAUGGGAGUUGGAGUCGGUGUGUAUCCUCUCGGUUGGGAUUCAACGAUCGUCAGAGCUGUCUGCGGUGCCUCGGCAUCCCGGUACAAUCCAGGGGCUUGCGCCAUCAGGUGGGCUAUACCUCUGGCUGCUAUUGCAGCUCUUGAUGCCGUCACCCUUGCAGCACUUGCUUUCAUAUUGGCAUCUAGACAUGUCAGGCUUCAACCUGAGCCCUUCAACAACGGAUCCUUGUACAAGGGUGAAGUAAAUCCAGGAUACGUCAAUGAAGCGCAGAGUGUCGCUGGAUCGAGAAAGUCAUUGUCCUUGAGACCAGUUCUCCUGGUAGCACCACCUGACCAAGAUCGCUACAGUGAACUUUCCCGAGCAAAAUCCCAUUCACAUCACAGCUUAUACACUGCAGGAUCACAUCCAGUUCACACACUGUCAACGAAUACACUCCACUCGCAGCGUAACUUUCAACUAUAAUAUUUUCAUUGAUUACGAGUGAUUUUUUUCCGUAAUAACCAUUCAUGUUACCUAUUGAGAAUCGAAGAGUAGCCUCGUAAGACAGGGUGGAGGAUAGUACCCGUUUCGUAUCUGACAAAUAAAUAAUAUUCUCCAUCUUUCAUUAUCGGUUAAUACUCAACCAGUCGAAGUGAAUGAAUGAGCCCGAACGAGUGAUUGUUAAAUAUUUUUUUACAUUCCCUUAUUUGUCUCGAAUGCGGAUGGAAUCAUGUCGUUAAUUUUAAUCGUUUAUAUUAAAUGUUUUUUUUGUAUUUUACAUGAUGGCGUUUUGAGUGACUUUAUGCAUGUGAUUUUCAAGAAUUUCAAUGUCUAUAAUGGAGAUGUGAGAGAAAAUAUAAUAAACCGUUAAUUUUCAA